CAACUUAGUCAAAACUAAACCAACUCCUAUGGAAAUAAACUUUACUCAAGAAGAAAAUACAAAUAAACCAAUCCCAAUAGAAACUAACCCAAUACAGAUUGGCUUACCAAUAAGUAAUAGUAAUAAUCUUGGUAAAGACAAGGAUAGAUUAGUUUCUAUGGAAAUCCUCCCAUCUCAUACAAACAAUAUUAAGAAGAGUUCUAAUGGCUGCACAAAAAAUGGAAAGAUAGAUCUAUCACGCAAAAGAA